GGAAAAAUCAACACGCUGGAUGUUAAAUCGGACUUUUCUCCUUUCUGGGAUGAAAGGAUGUUAUCUAUCCCGUGCCAAGAGGGAGCUGAGCACAGAAGCGAUGAAUGCUGCAUAAUUAAGUACAGUAUUUAAUUUGGCUGUUGUGAAGCAAAAGAAUAAGGUGCAGGGGGAGGGGAAGAAAGUCUUCCAAACUAGCCCGCCACGAGAAUGCCAUUUGACCUUCAGAUCUAGUGAACAGCUGGAGAUUGGCAAACCACUGGAUAAAACUAGUUAAACUUGUAUAAUAGAACAGAAGUGGGAAAAGAAAAUAGUCAUAGCAAUGAACAUAUGGCUGUUACUAUCAGCACUGGUGUAUUUGCGGCGAUGCCUAUCAACAUCCACCAGAGAGCAGGGCAGCUCCAAAACCCACAUCUUUUAUGCUGUGGAAAUUGAUGGAGACAGCAACACAGCCAGCUUCUUGGCCAAACAACAUGGAAUGCAGUUCAUUUCAAAGGUGAAGUGGGUGAAUAUCAGACAGCUCAUUAUAGAGACAUGCAUGCUGCAUUCCCAAAGUAGGAUGACAGAACAAGUCAUGGAUGACCUGAAGCAAGAUUUUUCUUAUCGGACAUGUUUUGGGCAAGGAGCUGUUUUCCUCAGUGUUUUACAAGCUCUGGUGCCAGUGAGGUGGUACAUGGACUCUCAGUGGAUAGGAGUCAUGGAUGUUAAAGGAGACAUUAACCAGGCUGUUGUGAAAGAUCUGAUACCAGCUUUGGUCAAUGGGGACAAGUGUCAUCCUGAGAGUGCUCCUCUCUGGGACAGGAAACCGACGGAGCGAAGCCCUGAGAACAUGCCGCGACACUUCAUAUUCAAUCCGCACACCUAUAAAGAGAUGAAAAAUGAGCCUUGUCCAAAGCUCUUACUUCAGCACCCAGUGGCAAAAAUAAAAUGUGAGCUUGGGACCAGGUCUCUUUGAAGCUGAUUUUUUCUAUUUUUUUUUAAACA